UAAUGAUGCAUUGCCUAUCCAAUAACCAUUCAGUUCUUUCCACAUUUUGGUUGAGUUUACAAACACUUCUGAUCACUCUCAUCUCAACUUCUAAUCUCUCCCUAAAGGAAAAUGGCAGAAAAUUCAUAUGAAACAGAACACCCAGUGAAGGCCUUUGGAUGGGCAGCUAGGGACACCUCUGGUGCUCUUUCUCCUUUCAAGUUUUCCAGAAGAGAAACGGGUGAAAAGGAUGUUCAAUUCAAGGUUUUGUAUUGUGGGGUAUGCCACUCCGAUCUUCACCAGAUCAAGAAUGAAUGGGGUAACGCUACCUAUCCUCUUGUACCUGGCCACGAAAUUGUUGGAGUGGUGACCGAGGUAGGGAGCAAGGUUGAAAAAUUUAAGGUUGGGGACAAAGUAGGCGUGGGAUGUCUGGUUGGAUCCUGUAGCAAGUGUGAUAAUUGUACCGGCGAUUUAGAAAACUACUGUCCUGGAGCUGUACCAACUUAUAACGCUAAUGGUAUCGUGACAUUUGGUGGCUACUCCGACAUCAUGGUAGCUGACGAGCACUUUGUGCUCAGAUGGCCCGAAAAUUUACCGAUGGAGGCUGCUCCAUUGCUAUGUGCCGGAAUCACAACUUAUAGUCCCUUGAGAUAUUUCGGGCUUGACAAGCCCGGAAUGCACAUUGGCGUUGUGGGUCUAGGCGGCCUUGGCCAUAUGGCUGUGAAGUUCGCCAAGGCGUUUGGAGCUAAGGUGACUGUGAUUAGCACCUCUGCUAGUAAAAAGGUAGAGGCUAUUGAACAUCUUGGCGCAGACUCGUUCUUGAUUAGUCGUGACCAAGAACAAAUGCAGGCUGCAAUGAACACAUUGGAUGGUAUAAUCGACACAGUUUCUGCAGUUCACCCUAUUAUGCCAUUACUAUUCUUGUUGAAAACUAAUGGAAAGCUGGUCAUUGUUGGCGGCCCAGAAAAACCACUUGAGUUGCCAGUGUUUCCCUUGCUCAUGGGUAGGAAGCUAGUGGCCGGAAGUGGCAUUGGUGGAAUUAAGGAGACCCAAGAAAUGCUUGACUUUUCAGCAAAGCAUAAUAUAGCUCCAGAUGUUGAGAUUAUUCCUGUAGACUAUAUCAACACUGCUAUGGAACGGCUAGUGAAAGCUGACGUUAAAUAUAGAUUUGUGCUGGAUAUUGGCAACACAUUAAAUUCUGCUUAAACUACGGAAAGAGAUCAGAGUUUCCAAAAUUAUGAGAGUUUCAAAGUUUACUCAUAUUUUAUGGGCAUGAUAUGAUCUGAAUGCAAUGUUUCAAUAAUCCCAUUGGCUUAGUUGUUGUUUGGCUACGUCUAUAACCUUUUUAGCAUAAAAUAAAAGAAAUAAAAUGUUCAAAUUACACAUCAAACUACACGGGAGAAUGUAAUUCGAUCAUUCAAUUCAAAAAAAAAAUUACAUUGGA